CAAGCUCCGUUUAAAUGCUCCGCCCACGGUCUCGCCCCACCCCACGUGCCCCCGAACCGUCUUCACCACCUCUUCCCUUGGACGCAAAGCAAUGACGUAUCCCAGACAGAUCCGCCGUUCCAAGUCCCCUUCCCGUUUCCCAGCCAGCCACCCCUUCCGAGCACCGACUCCUCCCAAAGCCCCCGAUCCGACCAUGGCGAAGUCUCUCCUCCCGCUCCUCCUCCUCGUCUCCCUCGCCGCCGUCGCCGUGGUCCCAGCCCGCGCAGCGCUUGGUGGCAGUGGGCGCGGCCGCGGCCCGCUGGUGGGCGGGUGGAGCCCGAUCCCUGACGUGAGCGACCCUCACAUCCAGAAGCUCGGCGCGUGGGCGCUGGGGCAGGCGAAGCAGGCGAGGCUGGCCAGUGACGGCCUGCGGUUCCGCCGCGUCGUACGCGGCGAGCAGCAGGUAGUGUCCGGGAUGAACUACCGCCUGCUCGUCGACGCCGCGGACCCCACGGGCCGGAGCGCGCCGUAUGUGGCCGUCGUGUACGAACAGGUCUGGACCGGCACUCGCCAGCUCACCUCAUUCAAGCCGGCGUCCCGCGCCCACUGAUGAUCCGGCGGGCUAUCCCGCCCCCGCUGAUUCGGAUCGACCCGUGACCGUGCCCUUUCCUGCCUCGGUUAAUUACAUCGAAUCUAAUAUGUUGUAAGUGCGUGCGUUUUACUAGGGAUUAAUCUGUGUAUGCCGUGUGGAUGAACAUGUUGUAGUACUACUAGAUUAUACUGGUAUGUGCUGCUGGUACUAGAUUAUACUGGUAUGAUAAUGUUAUAGUAACGGUUUAUGUCUCGAUUA